AUGACGGCAUCGAUGACCUCGAACCCCACCACGACGGCCGUCUCGGCGCCGGGCAAGGUGCUCCUCGCGGGCGGCUACCUGGUGCUGGACCGGGCCUACACGGGCCUCGUCUUCGGGCUCAGCGCCCGCAUCAACGUCGUGGCUGCCGAGAUCCACACCAUGCCCGGCGUGCACCUGACCGAGAUCGUCGUCGAGAGCCCGCAGUUCGUCGACGCCGUGUGGCGCUACGGCUUCCAUCUCGCGCCCGAGGACGGUGGUAUUACCGUCACGCAGCUACACGUCGGCUCCAAGAUCAGCCCGAACCCUUUCGUAGAGACAACCCUCAGUUACGCCCUCACCUACAUCGCUAGCGUCAACAAGCAACGCCCCAAUCACGCCCUCACCUCGACCCGCCUGGUCAUCCUUGCCGACAACGACUACUACUCGUUGCCCACCGCCACAGCCGCCACCGCUACCCCCAUCGCCGGCAAGGGCUCCCGCUUCGCGCGGUACCCCUACACCAUCGGCGAGGCGCACAAGACGGGUCUCGGCUCCUCCGCCGCGCUUGUGACCUCCCUCACCGCGGCCCUGCUGACGCACCAUCUCCCGACCGCGCUCUUCGACCUCAAAUCGGAGGCCGGCAAGCACACGCUGCAUAACCUCGCGCAGGCAGCGCACUGCGCCGCGCAGGGCAAGGUCGGCUCCGGCUUCGACGUUGCCGCCGCCGUGUUCGGGAGCUGCCGGUACCGCCGCUUUUCGCCGUCCUUGCUGUCUGACCUCGCGUCCCCUGGGGCGCCGGGCUUCGCGGACGCGCUCGUGAGGAAGGUUGACGAGGUUCGCGCGUGGGACGUAGAGGUCGAUAAGGCCGGCGUGAGCCUGCCCGAGGGCGUGUGCCUGCGCAUGUGCGACGUGGACUGCGGGAGCCAGACGGUGGGCAUGGUGAAGAAGGUUCUCGAGUGGAGGAAGGGCAGCCCCGAGGCGUCCAAGACGCUCUGGGACGAGCUGCAGGCGCGGAACGAGGGCCUCGCCCAGGUGCUACGGGACGGGGAGGUUGAGGGUGUCGGCGCGGCGGUCGGGGCCGUGAGGGAGCUGAUCCGCGCGAUGGGCGAGGGGAGCGGCGUGCCGAUCGAGCCAGCGUCGCAGACGGAGCUGCUGGACGCCCUGGGCGGCGUCGAGGGCGUGCUGGGCGGCGUUGUGCCCGGCGCCGGCGGCUUCGACGCGCUCGCGCUGGUGAUGCGGGAUGACGAGGCGACCAGACAGCGGGUCGAGGCGUUCCUCGAGGGCUGGAGCAAGGACAAGGGCGGACGCGUGCGGCUGUUGGGCGUCAGAGGGGAGAUGGACGGAGCGAGGAAGGAGGAACUCGACGAGUAUGCUGGGUGGCUGUCUUGA